AUGGAGGCUUUUAUUUUGGAAGAUGAAACAAACGGAUCCAGAGUCCAGAGCAGCCAAUCAGAGACCAGAGCAGGGACUCUGGUCUCUGAUUGGCUGCUUCACACCAGCUGUCCACAAAAUAUCAAAAACAACAAGAGGCCUGACACACAGCUGACCUUUGACCUCAGUCUGGACUUCUGGAGUCUGUCCAACACAUUUCAGCAGAUGAUAAAGGAAGAAUAUGGUGAGAAUGACCCUCCUGUCCUUGUGUGUGUCCUCCUGCAGGAGUUGUUGCAGAGGCAGCUCCUGGAGGCCAACAGGAAGGCCCAGGAGUACCGGCAGCAGCUGAUGCGUAAGGAGCAGGAAGCUGAGGAGUACCGCAUCAAACUGGAGGCCAUGUCCCAAAGUCAGGCCAACGCCACCAACGCCAACAACGCUGCCGCCGCCGCCACUGCCAGCCCCGAGGAGGUGGUGGGAGGGGAGGAGGACGAGGAGGAGGCGGCGACCGGCAUGGUGGAGGAGGAAGGAGAGAUGGUGGUGCUGCAAGAGGGAGGGAUCAUCAUGGAGGGGGAGGAGGGUCAGGUGACACUGGUGGAGACGGGGGGAGAGACAACGGAGGUGAGCUCCUAACAGAGAGGAGGAGGAGGAGGAGGAGGAGGAGGAGGAGGUGGGUGACUCGUGUUUGCAUCCACUUUAACGGGUGACGAGUGUGUGAUGGAGGGGAAGGAGACGAAGAUGGUUUGCUCCAUUUUGAAUCCCCGAAAGACACCGAGAGGACGGGAGGAGUUCAGACCGGCUCCAUUUUGAAUUCCUGAACACUUCAGAGAGGGAAACAAAAUGGAUUCCCCAAAAAGACAACGCAGGAGAAGGAGGAGGAGGAGGAAGAGGAGGAGGAGGAGGAAGACGGACUGAAAGAGGCCCGAACAGCACAGAGGAGUUUAGUCGUGCACCAUUUUGAAUCCCCGAAGAUUUGAUUCCAACUUGUCAAAGUGGGAAACAAAAUGACUUCUCAGAAAAAGACAACAGACGUGAGAGAGUUUAGAAUAACUGGCUACUGAAGAGGGAUGGAGAAACAGAUUAACUGAGGAGGAGGAGGAGGAGGAGGUGGGAACAUUUAUCUUUAAUCGUAACCACAAUCAGUGAUCCCAAACCAAACCAGAAUAAUGACACGAGUCGGGUUUGGAAAGACCUCCUGAACCUUGACGCACCGUUUUGCUUCCCCCUUCAACCGGAAUGCUUAUGAAGACAAUAAACAGGAUGCAGCAGGGAUUUAGAGUUUUAGUUUGUCAGUUUAACAGUUUCCUUGUUUAUUUUUGAACAUGGAUGGUUAUCCCCAGUACACCAUUAAUAUCCCUGUUAUUUGUUCUUUCAGUGUUUGUCAGUGGGUGAACCAGCACCGCUGUUCAUCUGAUGCCCGUAACUCUAAUGAUGUGUUCCCACCAAACACAAGGUGAAUACUGGCUGUUUAAUGUCUCACUGCGUCAGUGUGAGCCACAAUAAUCAGCUGUUUCUGUGAUUAAUGUCAAUAAACGGAUCAAUAUGAUGCUGAAUUAACGACGUCAUGAUGCCGAUUUGUCAAAAGUCUGAAUUCAUCCUCUAUCAGUUCGUCUGCAAGACGAUGAACAAACAACUCUAACAUGUUGUUUUCUGAAUGGAGUUUGGUUGAUCAGGGCCGUACCAACGUCCUCGCUUCCUUUUCUGUCCGCUCUCUUUACAUAUGAAGACUGAAUCAUUUUAUUCACGUUUGGUGGGAACGCAGCAUAAGUCUUAAUCAGUUGGGACCAUGUUACUCUCACCUCGCUGAGGCUUUAGCACCGUUUUGCUUCCCCAAACAAAAGCAGACACCAUCGCCCACGACUGAAAGCAAAGAAAAAUAUGUUUUCAGAUUUUUUUUGACACUACAAGAACUCACUCUGACCUGCUCUCCUUCUUCUUAUUGUUGUUUAUAAUUAGUCAUUUUUCAGAUUUAAGAACUAAUACGACUUAAGAGUUCCCAUUUAUUUCCUGAAAAAUUGAACUUCCUUUGAGUCCAGACAAGAACUGAACCAGAUCCAUCAUGGAAACCUUCAAUUUAUCAAAUCUGUCAUUUAGACGUCAUUUUUGUGGUAAUGAAGGGACGAGUUCGGAAACUGUCGGUGAGUUCAAAGACGCUCCGAUAGCUGAAAUAUGAGUUGGCUGCUGAAAAGGAACAAAUCUAUGACUGUGCGUAACAUCGACUGUAUAUAAAGACGGACCAAUCAGCAACCUCCCAGCUGCAUGUGAAGUAACAAACCCUGCAGUUCCUCUGACGACCACUAGAGGCUGGCUCCAGCUGUGAGCUGGUUAAUUAAUGUAGAUUAGCUCGCUCACAACUAUAGAGUUUUACCAGAGCUAGUUUUAGCAAUACACGAGCUAACUAGAUUACUAAUUACCUUUGAACUAAUUAACUCGUGUUUAACUGAGAGAUAAAACCAGGUAAUCUACAUUCAUUAUAUAUCCUUAUACGCAGUCGGUGAAAUGUACCUCGUCAGUUGGGUUGACAGGCUGCUUCUUUUCAUAAUAAUGUAACUUUGAGCUGAACUUUGGCUGUUAAUGAUUGAUUAUUGAUUGAUUAUUGAUCUCUGGAGCAGUUGAUUUUCAUAGACAUGAACUGAACGUCAGUCUGGAAGAAAGGAAAUGGAGAUAGAAAUAUCAGCAGUGAGCUCCUCUGAUCUGUUUGUGUCUGGUCCUGGUUCAGUCUCACAGUGGGAGAGCAGUUAUUGAUUACUACCGAUCAGCUGAUAGACCCUUCCCUCCUCUGAUCAGUGAUUCUGCUUCUUUUCAGUUGAGUGUGAUAGUUAUUUUUAUAAGCUCAGCGAAGCCAACCUUUUUCUAUGUACAUAUAAAGUUGUAUUUUUUUAACUGUACCUGAAUGCUUCACCAUGACGACGACGACGACGAUGAUGAUGAUGAUGAUGAUGAUAGCUGCCUGCAUUGGUAAUCUGAAAUAUAAACACUUGUUUUUUGAAUAA